AUGGCGAUGGUCACGGCUGACUCCUCCGCCGCCGCCGACGCCGCCACGAAGCAGCCAGAAGCCGACAAGGAUUACAGCUCCUACAACGGCGCCUCCACCGCGGGUGUGGGCGGAGGGGCCCGCCGCGGCGGCGGCGGCGGCGUUGUUGUGGAAUCUGUGGUGGCGCGGUGGAAGCGGGAGGACAUGCUCGACAAGUGCCCCCUCGCGCUGCACGCCGCCGCCGCCGCCUUCGCCUUCGUCGCGCUCGUGCUCGUCGCCUCCAACCAGCACGGCGACUGGAUGCAGUUCGACCGCUACCAGGAGUACAUAUACCUGCUGGCGAUCGCGGCGCUGGCCUUCGCCUACUCGCUGGCGCAGGCGCUGCGGCACGCGCACCGGAUGCGCAGCGCCGCCGACCCCAUCCCCGCGCCGUCCGCGAGGCUUUUCGAUUUCAUUGCUGACCAGGUAGUCGCAUACUUGCUGAUGUCUGCUCUGUCAGCGGCUAUCCCUAUCACGAACCGCAUGAGAACAGCUGUGAUCAACAACUUCACUGACGCGACCGCUGCGGCGAUCAGCAUGGCCUUCCUUGCAUUUGUUGCCCUCGCCUUGUCAGCCACGGUUUCGGGGUACAAGCUCUCCAGACAAAUGUACAUGUGA